GCCCGGGCAAAUCUCUUUUUGCUAAUUCGCGCCCUGGUUGAAACUUUGGAGGUUCUUUCGCUUAGCGGGCGAUCUCUUGCUGGAAAGCCUUUCCCAAAGGAGGGAAGGAACGGCUGCCUCCCGGUGUGAAUGCAAGUGGGAUUUCUCUUUUGGGCCGGGAAAUGGAAGGGGCCGCGGCUUGCAAAGAGCCCCUCGUGAGUUGCCCCGUUUGUUCCUGCGAGCUCCCGGCCCCGAGCAUUAACUUGCACCUGGACAGAUGUUUGCAGGGGAAGGGGGGCGGCGAGAAAAGUGGGGGCGACAGCGGCUGUCCGACCGGCCCGCAGCAGCCCUGCAAGAAGAAAAUGCGCCUUUCCGCGUCCCCGGAGGGCAGCAACCGAGAGGACGAGCCGGGCAAGAGUCUCAGCCCCCCGCCGCUGUUUUCCCUCUUCCAGAAGGGCAGAGGCUUCGGAGCAAGAGAGCCUCCUGCUGCUGCUGCCGCCUCUCCAGCCCGGGCCCAGGGGGAAGAGAAGCCGUCGGGGGAGGAGGAGCCUGGCAUCGGCCCUAAUGCCCGGGGACCUGAACUGAGCGGCGAGAAUCUGGCCCAAAAACUGGACGGGAAGCCCCUGGCGGACAAGCUGCGGCCGGACACGUUGGGGGACUACGUGGGGCAGGAGCGGGUGGUAGGAGAGCAGACCCUCUUGCGGUCCCUGCUGGAAGCCCACGAGAUCCCCUCCCUCAUUCUCUGGGGACCCCCAGGGUGCGGCAAGACUACCCUGGCCCACAUUAUAGCAAAAGGCAGCAAGAAGAAAGGCACGAGGUUUGUGACGUUAUCAGCCACGAGUGCCAAAACCAACGAUGUCCGUGAAGUCAUCUCCCAGGCCCAAAAUGAAAAGAGACUCUUCAAGAGGAAAACCAUCCUCUUCAUCGAUGAAAUUCACCGUUUCAAUAAGUCCCAGCAGGACACUUUCCUUCCUCACGUCGAGCGCGGGACCGUGACCUUGAUCGGCGCAACCACCGAAAACCCUUCUUUCCAGGUCAAUUCCGCCCUGCUGAGCCGGUGCCGCGUUAUCGUCCUCGAGAAGCUCUCCGCGAAGGCGAUGGAGGCUAUUUUGAUGAGAGCUCUCAAGUCCUUGGGGAUCGGGAUUUUAAGCCCAGAUGAGCAACGUGCCGGCUCAGUGAAUGGCAGCGACAGCAAGACUUCUGAAUCAGGCAUAUACAUUGAGAAGGGAGCUGUAAGCACGCUUGCCUACCUCUGCGAUGGUGAUGCAAGAACUGGAUUGAAUGGACUCCAGAUGGCUGUCCAGGCCCUGCUAACUCAGCUGCCUCAUCAGAGUAGCAUAUUCUGUUCUGCUAAUAGAAUAAUAACAGAAGAUCACGUGAAGGAAGGACUCCAGCGGUCCCACAUUCUAUAUGAUCGAGCAGGCGAAGAACAUUAUAACUGCAUUUCUGCCCUCCAUAAAUCUAUGCGAGGCUCCGAUGAAAAUGCUUCUCUUUACUGGCUUGCCCGAAUGCUUGAAGGUGGGGAGGACCCUCUGUAUGUGGCAAGAAGACUGGUGAGGUUUGCUAGUGAAGACAUAGGGUUGGCUGAUCCCUUGGCGUUAACGCAAGCGGUGGCUGCCUAUCAAGGCUGCCACUUCAUUGGAAUGCCAGAAUGUGAGGUCCUGCUCGCCCAAUGUGUAGUCUACUUUGCUAGAGCGCCAAAGUCCAUAGAGGUGUACAGCGCCUACAGCAAUGUCAAGGCUUGCCUAAGAAACCACGAAGGACCGCUUCCGCCUGUUCCGUUGCACUUAAGGAACGCGCCAACCAGGCUCAUGAAGGACAUUGGGUACGGCAAAGGGUAUAAAUAUAAUCCCAUGUACAAGGAGCCUGUCGAUCAGGAAUACCUGCCUGAAGGACUGAAAGGGGUCAAUUUUUUUAAAGAGAAAAGAAUGUGAUGUUACCCAUUCGACGUCUCUCUCCAGCACUGCACUGUUAGUUACACUCACACAAUACUAAUUCUAUAAUUUCUUACCAUUUGAAUGUUGUCUGCAUCUUCUGGGAUGAUUGCAUUGUAUCAGUUUGUGCAUAAUAACAAGCACCUUUUGAAAAUAUACGUAGCUUGGUAGAGGCAGCACCUUUUUCUCCUAGCAGGAAAAAAUAUAUAGGAACCUUUGGAUGCAGGGCUUUUUUUGUAGCAGGAACUCCUUUGCAUAUUAGGCCACACACCCCUGAUGUAGCCAAUUCUCCUGGAGCUUACAGGAGGCCCUGUAAGAAGAGCCGUGAAAGCUCUUGGAGGAUUGGCUACAUCAGGAGGGUGUGGCCUAAUAUGCAAAGGAGUUCCUGCUACAAAAAAAAAAGACCUGUUUGGAUGCAGCUUUGGAUUCAUGUUGGCUGAACCUGCUCUACAGUUUUAAGAAUCAAGACUGUCUAAAAAUCACUGGAUCAUAAUCCAGCAUAUUCAGUUUAGAUAGUAUUCAUUUAUUUUAAAGUGCAAACAUUUCCGAUUAAAUUAGGCACUGUUAAAUUCCAUCUAUAUAAACUGAUUGAUUUAAAAAUGUGAAUAGUACUAUUAUUGAAACGAGCGGGGCUUAAAAGUGUACCUGGAUCGUGCACUUUUAAAUGCUCGCUUUAAGUUGUGAAGGGCUGAGAAAGAAUUGGAUUCAUGUUGGCUGAACCUGCUCUACAGUUUUAAGAAUCAAGACUGUCUAAAAAUCACUGGAUCUUAAUCCAGCAUAUACAGUUUAGAUAGUAUUCAUUUAUUUUAAAGUGCAAACAUUUCCGGUUAAAUUAGACACUGUUAAAUUCCAUCUAUAUAAACUGAUUGAUUUAAAAAUGUGAAUAGUACUAUUAUUGAAAUGAGCGGGGAUUAAAAGUGUACCUGGAUCAUGCACUUUUAAAUGCUCGCUUUAAGUUGUGAAGGGCUGAGAAAGAAGAAAAGGUUAAAAAAAGCAAUGUAACAAAAAUUUAUUUUUGAUAUAGAUUUAUAAAUAAAAUUGAUUUUUUAAACGA